CGCUCAUGCUUACCGAUUUGGGGCGGAUCUUUGCGGUAAAACACAUGUCCAUCUCUUCACCUCUGUCACAGUGACAAACGAAGUGCGUUUUUAUCGGAAGUCUAUCGCCUAGGUGCGGGGUUUUUUAAAUGAAUGUUUUCUGUUAACGUUAAAAGCGGAAUGGCUUUAAUGGAUAAACCGGCGGCCGGGAAGCUCCUGCUGGAUGAUACGGUUUUACUGACGGCGGUAAUCGAAGCGAGUCAGAAUUUACAAUCUCACACGGAAUACAUCAUCCGUGUGCAGAGGGGAGUCUCUACAGAAAACAGCUGGACGGUGAUCAGGAGGUAUAGUGACUUUGACAUGCUUAACAAUGGUCUGCUGAUCUCGGGUCUGAACCUGCCACUUCCUCCAAAGAAGUUAAUCGGGAACAUGGACCGUGAGUUCAUAGCAGAGCGGCAGAAAGGUCUACAGGCGUAUCUGAACUUUCUCACACAGCAUCACAUCCUCUCCAGCUGUGAACUUGUCAAAAAGUUCCUCGACACCAACAAUUAUUCUGCAAACUACACAGAAAUUGCCUUGCAGCAGGUGUCCAUGUAUUUCAGAUCAGACCUGAUAUGGGAAGUGGUUGAGCCUUUAAAAGACAUGGGUUGGAGAUUGCGAAAGCGGUACUUCUUAGUUAAAAACAAAGAGCAGCCCAAAGAGCGACAAGUCUUAAGUUGGGUUGAUUUUGGUCCUGAUAAGUUCUUAUCAGACAAAGAUGUGCAGUCAAUGAUGAAGCUGCUUCCGUCCCUGACUCACCCAUAUAUCUGUCCAGUCACCUAUGCCUCAACUAUUGAGUCCUCAGCAGUAGUAAUCAGAAUUUUUAAUGAAAAAGGCACACUUAGGGAUCAUAUUUGCAAGGUAAAACCAAAAGAAGCAUUCCUGAAGAAGUACUGCAACCCCAAAAAGAUCCAGGGUCUGGAGCUGCAGCAGAUCAGGACAUAUGGGAGGCAGAUUUUGGAGGCCCUGAAAUUCCUCCAUGAUAAGGGUUUUCCAUACGGGCAUCUCCACGCCUCAAAUGUUUUAAUUGAGGACAACACAUGCAAACUACUGGACAUAGAAAACUCCAUCCUGGGACUUCCCUCUUUCUACCGGCCUUAUAUCACCCAGUUCAGGAAAAUUAAUACCACAGAGAGCAUUGAUGCCUACUCAUUUGGUCACUUGUUGUAUGAAAUGACAUAUGGCAGGCCUCCUGAUGCUGUUCCUGUGGAUCAGUACCCCUCUGUGCCCUACACUUCAGUUGUCUCUGUCCUCCAGUCCAUCCUUUCCACUGAGGCAUGUAAAACAGGAAUGCCCACAGUUCCUCAACUCUUGCAGACACCAUUAUUCAGUGAUGUGCUGCUGUUCAACACCGAGAGAGCUCAGUUUAAGAUCACCUCCAAAUUGAAAGAGGCAUUGAAAUUAUCCAAAGAGUGUUUGGAAAAGCGUCUCCAAGAGGAACAGAGAGCGGUUCAGCAGCACAGGAGGCUGACACGGGCACAGUCCCACCAUGGCUCUGAGGAGGAGAAAAGGAAGAGGAAGAUCCUUGCCAGAAAGAAAUCUAGACAAUCUGCUUAUGAAAAUGAGGAGGACUUCUCUGUCAAAUACAACAACAACUCUGGUUCAGGGGCUAGUUCUCCACCUACUUGUCCUUCUUCUCCCACUCCUCCAUCUGCACCAGGUGUUCAGCCAGUGACCCUUCCUCCACCACCUCCUCCUCCUCCACCUUCCUUACAGAUCGAAUCCAGCCCUCUAGCCCUUCAUCCUCCUUCUGUUAAUGGCAAGGGCCGAAGCGCCCUCCUGAGCUCCAUUCAAACCUUCAGCAAAGGCCAGCUGAAAAAGGUGGAGACCAACGAUCACAGUAAUCCGCACAUCUGAGCAACAUUUUUCAUGGUCCGUAGUUUUUAUUGUGUGCACUUUGUCCUUGGCCCUCAUCCAAGACUUGUAGGAUCCGAACUUCAGGAAUGCAGAGAUGGGUGUUUUUGUUUUUAAAAACUGGACUGCUGAGGGAAACCAUUUUUAAUAUUUCACUCCCAAAUCAGCUGCAGAUCAGUGAUUGCAAGGCUAAAGUCUGAGGUAUCUGUGCUGCUAUACAGGAUAUGAAAUUAGAAACUACAUUUGAGCUAUCAGGUUUAUGAAUUGGACUUGCAUAUUUGGGGCAAAUAAUCACACACCCUACAGCAAUGUUUCUGACCCCAUAAAAUCAGCCUCCAGCUCCAGCAUAGUCAUCCUGGGGUGUUUUCAAGCAGCUUAGCAGAAUUUGGGUUGUGUUUCAAACAGACCUUUUUAAUGCUUUGACUUUCGCAUUUUGGUUGUACUUAAAAUGUUGUCGGUUUUGUCUAUUUAAUCUGUUGUAUAAUAUUAUAGUACCUUCCAAUCACCUCAGAAUUGCAGUAAUUAUGAGAGGAUUCAGAAUUUGUGUGAUGCAGAAGUCAAAAUGACUAUUUUGACAUAUGAUAACUUGCAUGUUGACAAAAACAAUUUUAAUGUCUUUCAAUUGUUUGUUUUAAAAAGGAAAGCCAAGUUCAGCAAACAAAAAUGCUAAACUAAAUUCUACUUUUUAGUAAAUAAUUCAGUGAGCCCUCAUGCUUUGAGUCAUCCUGGAAGACAGCACUACAAUACAAUCUGGAUAAAAAUGUAUCACUGUAGGAUAAAUGUACUCAGAAUAACUUUUGUUUAAGGUUCCUGAGUGGCACAACAGAAAAGCAUACUGGGUUCAAAUCCUGACACUGCUGUAGCUGUCUUUGACUGGAAGCCAAUGGAGCAAAAUUGGCCAUGCUCUCUGGAUGGCAUACACUAUCUCCCCUAUUAAUCAAUGACACUGGCCAAUCAUGAGCAUCCAUGAACUCGUGUAUCUGGAAGAGGGUGGAAUGCACUUUUCUCGGAGUGCACUAUGAUAUAGCAUGAGCAGCAGUUCAUAAAGAUGCAUCACAUGUUGUGGAGGAAGCACAUGUUUGACUUCACCCUCCGUGGGUGGUCAAUGUUGUGUGAUGGGAGAGAACUAGCUAAUGGAUGGGAAUUGGCAAAUGACAAACCUGGGAGAAAAUGGGAUAAAAAUAUAUUUAAGAAAUAGUUACUUUGUAUUGAUUUGCCAAGACCCUUCCCAAUAAGUGGAUGGGUGGCCCCAAACCAUGCCAGCAAAAUGCCCCAACAGCAUCAUGUUUUUCCUUUGUCUUUUUAGAAAUCAUAACUCAAUAAUUGUAGCCUGACAUGUAAAUGCACUUAAAGUGGUUCUUUAAAAAAAAAGGAAUGAGAGGAAAAAAGAAGCAUGUUUGUGCCACAUUUUAACCAUUGUGCCUAUACAAGAUGAUUGCUAUAAUUCCUAUUGCCAGAUUUAGGAGCUGUGUAUCUUAUUCUCCUCCUAGCAACAGUGUGAAUUGUUGCACAGUGUUACAAUGAAGCCUGUGUUGAACAAAAAUAAUGGAUAUUCCAUUUGAUCUGAAUGCUAAUACUGAACCAGUCCAUUGCAGUUAGGGUGAAUCUUCAUAAUAUGUAGAGUGGACAAACUUCCAGCUUUGUUGGUCAGGUAAAGGAUUUGUAACCAGUCUAAAAAGGAUUAGUGGAGCAUGUACGUUUUAUUAUUUUAUUUUAUUGCUUCUUUCACCUUGUAGCUCCAGUGGAGAAUGAAUAUAGCUAACAAGUAGAGGAAGUCUGUCUAACCCCAAAAUAAAUAUCUACCUCAAAGUAUGCAGUUCUUAAGACUUGCCAAUGUUUUUUGGGACUUGGUGCAAUUUUACUCUAAUCUAUAAACAGCAACAAAACAUAUUGUAUGCCAAUUUGAUAGCAUACCCGCCCAUAGAUCAAACAAAAGUAUGAAGGCAGAACUGCAACUUGACACCCCUCUUUAUUUUAAAAAUGUGAUUAGAAAUAAAGGUGUGCAUUAGGAAUGGAAACCCCAUAAAAAGUCACUGGACUGAGCGGACACACUGAAUACAACAUUCAUUCAUUCAUUCAUCUUCAGUAACUGCUUUAUCCUGCUCAUGGUUGUGGUGGUUUAAGUUACAAAUGUGUUCAUAUUCUCAGAAAAAGAACCAUUAAAGUUCAUUAGAAAAUUUCACAUGGACAUGCAAACAAAUAUAUUUAAGUUAUUCCACGAAAUUGAGUCAUACAUGAGCUGAUGGCUGCGCCUCUUCGGCUAUAAGCCAUGUAUGACGAGAUUGAGUGGAAUAACCGUUAUUAUAUCCACAUUUACUGGAUUUUGAGAAACGGAGCAUUUUUUUUUCUUGCAAAUUUGAUAAAAACUUAAUACAAAACAUCCGACAAAAAAAAAAAAAAAAAAAAAUAUAUAUAUAUAUAUAUAUAUAUAUAUAUAUAUAUAUAUAUAUAGUGUGUAUAUAAAAUAUAAUGUGUAUAUAUAUAUGUGUGUGUGUGUGUAUGUGUAUAUAUAUGUGUGUGUGUCUGUGUGUAUAUGUAUGUUCUUACCAUCAAAUACUUUUAUUCCCUUUUUUUUGGGGGGGGGGGGGGGGGUGUUUUUAAGUAGACUUUUUAUUUCAUCCUCAGUUGGUUCAGCAACAUGCUCCGCCUUCUUUGUUUUUCUCUACUUAUGGUAUAUGAGCUGAUAGUCUAAUAGUAGUAGCCAAUCAUAUCCAGUGAAUGUGGGUAGAAUAAUUGCAAACGUAACUAAGGCACAUGGUAGAAGCUGGAUCAGAUCCAGCUCUAACCCUUGGACUUUUGGUUGUGCAGCCAAAAUGAUCAUGGUAUGUAAAGUAUUUGGGGUGUGACUGACUUCUAUUACUUGUUUAGUUUCAUUAUCCUUAUAGUUUUAGUGCAAAAGUAAGGAAUUAAAUGAGACUAGCUGAGCAACUACAUUUAGAAUGAGCAAAAUUGUGCUAAUUCUAAUUUUUGGCCCAAAUAUUCCUGAAGAAAAUGCUGCAUAUUGAGACAUGUACAAGUAAAUUUAGUAAUAUUCUGAUAAACCAUGAUUAGGUGAUUAUUGUGACAUUGGCACAUUAUUACCCCUGCUGGACUGCACAAUUUUGGCAAAGUCCCCUUCUCUGUAACUCUCAGCCCAUCUGUAUACACACCCAUACAUGUUGCACUGUAGACUUUAAAACACAGAGGUUUUCAGUGAAACCCACAGGUUGUGUGUGUUGGCAUGUAUAUAAACUAUACCAAGGAGCAACAUUGGUUUCUUUGCAGCACUUUACCACUGUUUCAGUGGUCUUUGAAAAGAGGUAUAAAGUUUACAUUAAAUAUACAGUACUAGCCCAAAAUUUGGACAUACUUACUCAUUCAUAGGAAUGAGUAGGUAUGUCCAAACCUUUCACUGGACUGUAAUUAUGUUUAAAGAUGGUAUGAAUAUUGACAGUUUGAUUAUAUUUGAUAUUAAAAGUAAUGAAUACUGCACAUAUGCCAUAACCACUGCUGCACGAACUGAAGGUGUGCAUCCUGUUUAUAAAACAUGAAUGUUUUUUGUUUUCCCCCAUUAUAAAAGUUGCGUUGACAAUGUGUUAAUGUUGUUGUGCUCUUAAUUGUGAAUUUAAGUAAAAACAACAAUCUUCUAAUUGUAUGUCAGAACAUCUUUUCAUAUGAAUGGGGAGACUUGGGACAAGUUUUCAGCUUUUGUAGAUUGUGUGAAAUUCUCUGGAGUUAAUGUCAUGUUCAAAUUACAUUAGAGUGUAUUUACCCUCUUACCACACCAUUUAAUUUCUCAGCUUGUCACAUAUAGUACUAUAUACUGGCCUUCAGGCUUCACUUUUUCGGUCAUGAUUUGUGAGGAGACAUGGCCUAGGCCUACAUGUUUAAUUUGUAUUUAUCAAAACUUGUAACACAUGAACUGUAUGAACACAAAAUGCCAGUACAGUGAUUAAAAAAAAAAAAGUCAGUUUACCCAAAACCUAAUGAGACAAAACGAUUCCAUUCUCAAGAAGGAAUGAAAUAAGCUUAAUCCUUAUGCAGGCACACUCCCACAUUUUUAACAAAAAUUUUUAAACAAUUUUAUAUUUGGAAACCACGGGGGGGAAUGGUAAUAUGAACUGUCCCAACUCUCCCCAUCUGGCAGUUUUUUUUUUGGGGGGGGGAUCCUUAAAUGUUUUUCCCCAGAAUUUAAUUUUAAUAAAUAAUACUAUAUAUGAUUA